UCACGUGACCGGGCGUAGGGCCGCUGCCUAGGAAACGCUGUGCAACAGCUCCCAGAGGAGCCAGAGAGCCCCGCGGGGGCCACGCGGCGCGGGAAGGGGAUGCUCCGGGACACAAUGCUGUGCACCAGAAGGCUGGGCGGCCUUACAGCCCGGGCAUCGGCUCUGCUGCCAGGGCGCUCGCGCCUGGGAGGCUUCGGAGCCGGGCUCCGGGCCCGACGGGUCAGCACCGGCUGGUCUCCAGUGGGUGCCGCAUUCAAUGUCAAGCCCCAGGGCUUGCGCCUGGACCUGUUUGGAGAGCGCCGGGGUCUUUUUGGAGUUCCCGAGCUCAGUGCCCCAGAAGGAUUUCGUAUCGCACAAGAAAACGCCUUGAGAAAGACAGAUUUGCUGGUGGCGCGUGCGUGUUCCACUCCACCUGGACCACAGACUGUGCUCAUCUUUGACGAGCUCUCUGAUGCCUUGUGCAGGGUGGCUGACUUGGCUGAUUUUGUGAAAAUUGCUCACCCUGAGCCAGCAUUCAGAGAGGCAGCAGAAGAAGCUUGUAGAAGUAUUGGUACCGUGGUAGAAAAGUUGAACACAAAUGUGGAAUUAUAUCAAAGCCUGCAAAAAUUACUAGCUGAUAAAAAACUCGUGGAUUCCCUUGAUCCAGAAACCAGGCGAGUGGCCGAACUUUUUAUGUUUGAUUUUGAAAUCAGUGGAAUCCAUCUAGACAAAGAAAAGAGGGCCAGAGCAGUGGACCUGAAUGUUAAAAUCUUGGAUUUGAGUAGUACAUUUCUUAUGGGAGCCAACUUUCCCAACAAGAUUGAGAAGCAUCUCUUACCAGAACACAUUCGCCAGAACUUUAUACUUGCUGGAGAUCAUGUAAUUAUUGAUGGUCUACAUGCAGAAUCACCAGAUGACUUGGUAUUUUUGCAAUUUGGUAAAGAUAUUUUCUUUUGGAUUUUAUUUUUAGAAACUGUCAUGGAGUUCCUUGAGAAACUAUCGGACAAACUUUCAGAAAGAACUCUAAAAGAUUUUGAGAUUAUACGAGGAAUGAAAAUGAAACUAAAUCCUCAAAAUUCUGAAUUAAUGCCUUGGGAUCCCCCCUACUACAGUGGUGUGAUUCGUGCAGAAAGGUAUAAUAUUGAGCCCAGUUUAUAUUGCCCAUUUUUCUCCCUUGGAGCAUGCAUGGAAGGCCUUAACAUUUUAUUUAAUAAACUGUUGGGAAUUGCAUUGUAUGCAGAGCAGCCUGCAAAAGGAGAGGUGUGGUGUGAAGAUGUCCGAAAACUGGCUGUGGUUCAUGAAUCUGAAGGAUUAUUGGGGUACAUUUACUGUGAUUUUUUUCAGCGAGCAGACAAGCCACAUCAGGAUUGCCAUUUUACAAUCCGUGGAGGGAGAUUAAAGGAAGAUGGAGACUAUCAACUUCCAGUUGUAGUUCUUAUGUUGAAUCUUCCCCAUUCCUCAAGGAAUUUACCAACUUUAUUAACUCCUGGAAUGAUGGAAAAUCUUUUUCAUGAAAUGGGACAUGCAAUGCAUUCUAUGCUGGGACGUACUCGUUACCAACAUGUCACUGGGACCAGGUGCCCCACUGAUUUUGCUGAGGUUCCUUCUAUUCUGAUGGAGUACUUUGCAAAUGACUAUCGAGUGGUUAACCAGUUUGCCAGACAUUAUCAAACAGGGCAGUCAAUGCCCAAAAAUAUGGUGUCUCGUCUUUGUGAAUCUAAAAAGGUUUGUGCUGCAGCUGAUAUGCAACUUCAGGUCUUUUAUGCCAUUUUGGAUCAAAUUUACCAUGGGAAGCAUCCCCUGAGGCGGUCAACCACAGACAUUCUCAAGGAAACACAGGAGAAAUUUUAUGGCUUACCAUACGUUCCAAACACUGCCUGGCAGCUGCGAUUCAGUCACCUCGUGGGCUAUGGUGCCAAGUAUUACUCUUACCUGAUGUCCAGGGCAGUAGCUUCCAUGGUUUGGAAGGAAUGUUUCCUACAGGAUCCUUUUAACAGGUCGACAGGGGAGCGGUACCGAAGGGAGAUGCUGGCCCAUGGUGGGGGCAGGGAGCCCAUGCUCAUGGUGCAAGGUAUGCUUCAGAAGUGCCCUUCUACUGAUGACUUUGUAAGUGCCCUCGUCUCCGACUUGGAUCUUGACUUGGAAACUUUCCUCAUGGAUUCUGAAUAACAGAAACACCUUGAAUCUUUUAAGUCAAGGUCGUGUAGUUAUUAACUUUGUUGUAAAUGCUACAGCUGUUAACACUCGUUUCUGAUUUCUGUAUUCAUUUCUGUAAUAAUUUCUGAAAAACCGUAAAUGGAUGGAACUUGGAAUAAAUGUUUUAAUUAAGCUA